GGCAGUGGAAAUGAUCGCGUGCAGAUCUCCGUUCAGGAUUCGAGCGGAACUAAUAACGCUAACUUCGCUACUCCACCUGACGGUCAGCCUGGACAAUGCAGAAUGUACACCUGGACUUACACCACACCCAACCGCGAUGGUGCAUUGGAGAACGACAUCGUCGUUCACGAGAUGACCCAUGGUAUCACGAACCGAAUGACGGGUGGGGGAACUGGAAGUUGUCUCCAGACGACUGAGGCUGGCGGAAUGGGUGAAGGCUGGUCUGAUGCCAUGGCCGAGUACGUAUGGUCCGAGCAGAAAUCCGCCACCAUCACCGACUACGUUAUGGGCGACUACGUCACGAACAACAAGAACGGCAUCCGCACCCAUCCUUACUCGACUUCGGCUACGACCAACCCCCUGAGGUAUUCGAGCAUCAAGACUCUUAACGAGGUUCACAACAUCGGUGAAGUCUGGGCCAACAUGCUGCACAACGUCUACGCAGCCCUCGUCGGCGCACACGGAUUCUCGACGACCGCAAAGACCAAUCCCGACGGAACCCAGGGCAAUGUUGUGUUCUUGCACCUCUUCCUCGACGCUCUCCGCUUACAGCCCUGCAACCCGACGUUCGUCACGGCGCGUGACGCAUGGAUACAGGCAGACCAGAACCGCUACGGCGGCGCCAACAAGUGCUUGUUGUGGAAGGCCUUUGCUAGUCGGGGACUUGGCGUCAAUGCGAAG